GGGCGGCGCCAUGGCCGAGCUGGACCUGACGGGCGCCAAGCAGAACACGGGAGUAUGGCUGGUGAAGGUUCCAAAAUAUUUAUCCCAGCAGUGGGCUAAAGCCUCAGGAAAGGGGGAAGUGGGAAAGCUGCGAAUUGCCAAGAGUCAAGGAAAGACUGAGGUAUCAUUUACUUUGAAUGAAGAACUCGCAAGCAUCCAUGAUAUUGGAGGGAAGCCUGCCUCAGUCAGAGCCCCGAGGGAACACCCGUUUCUCUUGCAAAGCGUGGGAGGACAGACGUUAACCGUAUUUACGGAGACCCCGGCAGACAGCCAGUCUGAAGAUCAUUCUGAAAACCGUUCUACUGAUAAGCUUUCUUUGGAAGGAAUAGUCGUACAGCGAGCUGAAUGUAGACCUGCUGCCAGCGAAAACUAUAUGAAACUGAAGAGGUUACAAAUAGAAGAAUCUUCCAAACCAGUGAGACUCUCCCAGCAACUGGAUAAAGCAGUGACGACCAAUUAUAAACCUGUGGCUAACCAUCAGUAUAAUAUAGAGUAUGAGAAGAAAAAGAAAGAAGACGGCAAGAGAGCUCGGGCAGAUAAACAGCAAGUUUUGGAUAUGCUGUUCUCAGCUUUUGAGAAACACCAGUACUACAACAUCAAGGAUUUGGUGGACAUUACCAAACAACCGGUGGUGUACCUCAAGGAGAUCUUGCGAGAGAUCGGCAUUCACAACGUCAAAGGGACCCACAAAAACACCUGGGAGCUGAAGCCAGAGUACCGGCACUAUCAAGGAGAGGACGAGUGAGCGAGCGAGCGAGCAGCCCCACGGCCUCUUUCCGAGAAGCGCCCGUCCGCCCUGCCCACGGCCAAGGCACGGCACACAGUAAGACAAGAGGAGGCAGAUGACCGACACUUCGACGUUGGCGGGUAUUUUGUCAUGGCUAUUCAGAAUUUCUUGGAAGUUUUUUAAAGGUUUGUGGGGGUAGAAUAAAUAUUCAGAGACU